AUGCGUGCCAGAGCUGCAAGCCGUGGUACACCAGAGCUACAACCAGAGACGCCCAUCGUCGGCAAGGCUGCAACCGGCACGAGGCAGUGCUACAACCGGUGUCUAGCGAGCUGCAAGCGACACAACGGCAAGCUUCAAACCUGGUGGGUCACCAUGCUGGUGAUGGCGACCAUGCCUGCGAGGGGAACUGCAACCAUGUGGUGGCGAGCUGCGGUGACGGACGUGGGGGGCGGUGACCACGCCGGCGGUGGGCAGCACCGGCGAGGGACGGUGUUGCAGUCGACGCCCCGGAGCUACCAUGGAUGCAACACAGAGGCAAGAGAAAAGGCCGCUACGGUUAACGACCUUUUUGGUGAGAGCGACGACGGCGAGCAUCGGCGGUGA